AUGGCGGAAGUAAGGAAAGCUAGGCAGCGAUUUCCCUCCAAAGAAAAUUCAAAACCCAUCGAAAAGCUGGGGCAGUAUUCCCAUCCACCCUCUAAUAAAACAGUUGCGAGAAUUUUCAAACUGAGAAAUCAAAAGUCGAUCCUUAAAACGGAGGCCCACACCCCUUACCUGCAGAGAUCACAGUCACUACAACCGCAAGGUCAUAUGGGAGUUAUAAGAGACCCUAAUGAAAAGGCUGGAGAGGCUCUAGGUGCAGGCCAGAGAACUUGCUACAUUGAACAGGUUGUAUCACCCCCACUGCCCCUGGGGAACAGUCCCCUAAAAUUCCCAACUCCAGAAGGUUGUAAGAACCACUUACAGUUUUGUAUAUCUAUAAUUUCCAAGAACCUCAAACGUCGUAAAUUGCCUAAACCCAGUGCCAGCGACACACUUUGCAUUGUUCCAGAUAUAACAGUUGGUACAAAGCGGGGAUCUGACAAACUUUUCGCUACUUGUGUUACCAACGGACCACCUCUUAUCAUGAGCAACAACCCAUCUUCAGCUAAUGGAAAUGACAGCAAGAAAUCUAAGGGUGACAACAGAAACACAGGGAUCCCUUCCCGUGUAAUCCAUGGUCAAAAACUUCCCAGUGAUGUCACAGAAGCAGAAGUUAUUUCCUUGGGAUUACCUUUCAGCAAGGUCACCAACCUUCUUAUGCUGAAAGGCAAAAGUCAGGCUUUCAUAGAAAUGAACACAGAGGAAGCAGCAAACACUAUGCUAAGUUAUUACGCCACAGUGCCUCCAGUUCUUAGAAGCCAGCCCAUCUACAUUCAGUUUUCCAACCACAAGGAACUCAGAACUGAGAACUCUCCAAAUCAAGCACUUGCCCAGGCAGCUCUGCAGGCAGUAAAUUCUGUUCAAUCUGGAAACCUGGCACUUCCUGCCUCUACCUCAUCAAUGGAUGCUGGAAUGGUUAUGGUUGGGCAGAGCCCUGUUUUAAGGAUCAUUGUGGAAAAUCUCUUCUACCCAGUCACACUGGAUGUCCUCCAUCAGAUUUUCUCCAAGUUUGGCACUGUGCUAAAAAUUAUUACAUUCACCAAGAACAAUCAGUUCCAGGCUCUGUUACAGUAUGCUGAUCCUUUGAGUGCCCAGCAUGCCAAAUUGUCUUUGGAUGGGCAGAAUAUCUACAAUGCCUGCUGUACCCUCCGCAUUGAUUUCUCCAAACUCACGAGCCUCAAUGUGAAAUACAACAAUGAUAAAAGUCGAGAUUAUACCCGACCAGAUCUACCCUCUGGAGAUAGUCAACCGUCUAUUGACCAGGCUAUGGCAGCAGCAUUUGGUGCUCCUGGAAUAAUUUCUGCCUCUCCAUAUGCAGGAGCUGGUUUCCCUCCCACUUUUGCAAUUCCUCAAGCUGCAGGUAUUACUGGAGCCAACAUUCUUGUUUUCAUUAAGCAAGCCAAACACUGCAUCAGGUUACUGGGGCAGUUGAUAGAAACGAUCCGAACCCUCAAGUUGCCCAGUGUGGAAGAACUCAUUCGCUUCCAUUGCUUUGACUACCACCUCUCUGCGGAUGAUUCCCAAAUCUACAUCUCCAGCCCUGACCGCUCUCCCUACUUGCAAUCCUGCAUUUCCUCUUGCCUUCAAGACCUGUUUAAGAAGAGAGAAUUGCAGAUUCAAUUAUCAUUCCAAUUUUUCCCUUCCAAUCUUUACCCCAAACAAUAUUUCUUUACCAAAUUUCAGUAUUCCAGUUUAUCCAAAAUUAUACAAAAAUAA